AUGAUAUCCUUCGCGAUUGCUAUUCUUCUUAUUAGCAUUGUUCGUUUCACAACUGCUCAGCCAACGAUCAACUACCCGAUAAAUUCUCAGCUACCGCCAGUAGCUCGAGUGGACGAGCCUUUCUCUUACGUCUUUUCUCAAUACACCUUUCGAUCAGACUCCAAUAUAUCAUACUCCCUGGGUGAUGCACCAGAAUGGCUCUCUAUCGACAGCGAGAGUCGCCGACUCUACGGCAUACCAACCAACGACAGCAUCCUAGGCGGCGAUGUGGUGGGCCAGACAAUUGAAAUUAUUGCCCAGGACGAUUCUGGCUCGACGACACUUGGUUCGACUCUAGUUAUCUCGAGAAACAAGAGUCCAUCUAUCAAAAUACCCCUGCUGGAACAGAUUGAGGAUUUUGGUGAUUACUCGCCUCCAUCCUCACUAACAUCCUACCCUUCCACCGAAAUCAGCUUCACCUUCGAUUCCAAUACAUUCGAACACGAGCCUAACAUGAUCAACUACUACGCAACUUCAGGAGAUGGCAGUCCCCUUCCAGCUUGGAUGAGGUUUGAUGCUGGUUCCUUGACGUUUAGCGGUAGAACUCCUCCUUUCGAGUCACUCAUACAACCUCCUCAGACUUUUGACUUCGAACUUGUUGCUUCAGAUAUUGUGGGAUUCUCGUCGGUAUCAAUUGCAUUCUCUGUCGUUGUGGGUAGGCACAAACUCAGCUCAGACAGCUCGGCCAUCGCCAUGAACACCACGCGGGGAAAGAAGCUUGUGUAUCGUGGACUGGCGGACAGCAUAAAUCUAGACAACAAGCCGGUCGACAUAGAGAAGAUCAACAUCUCAACAGACGAUUUGCCUGAGUGGUUAUCUUUGGAUGAGAAGACAUGGGAGAUUGAGGGCACACCAGGCAAGGGCGAUCAUUCAACCAAUUUUACCAUUACAUUACGCGAUUCUUACCAGGACACACUUAACAUAUAUGCCACCGUCAAUGUCUCCACUGCCCUCUUUCGCUCGACUUUUGACAGUAUCGACAUUGAGGCUGGGCAAGAUGUCAAUAUUGAUCUGGAGCCUUAUUUCUGGGAUCCCAACGAUAUUGAUAUUGAUAUCUCAGUUGCACCAAAGCAAAACUGGCUUAAACUGGAUGAGUUCAACAUCACUGGUAAAGCUCCAGUGUCUGCGUCACAAGAUUUCAACAUUUCUGUAACAGCUUCGUCGACAAACUCGGACGAAAAAGAGACAGAAGUCUUAAGAGUGAACAUACUGCGAUUUGAGCCUACAUCAUCACCAACAACCGAAUCCCGCACUUCAUCAACGUCCGCGAGUACAUCUACUUCCGCUGCUCCGACUGAGACUUCUUCUGGUCCCGAUAUAGAGCUGGCAGACAAUGAUGAGGGUUUGACGACUGGCACUCUCCUCCUUGCAAUCCUUCUGCCUCUUUUGGUUGUGGUGUUUCUUUUGAUGUUGCUCGUCUGCUGCCUGCUGCGCCGUCGUCGAAAACGACAAACGUAUAUUUCCUCCAAAUUCCGCAAUAAGAUCUCAGGGCCCGUUCUUGAGAGUCUUCGUGUGAAUGGGGGUACACCUGCGAUGCAGGAGGCCGAUAAGGUUUCAAGCAUAGGAGUUGCAGGACAGCAAUCACGCCGACUGUUAAGAACACCGCAUUCCGAGGUAGACUCAGAGACUCUGGUUAUGACAUCUCCAACACUGGGUUUCAUGGUAAUCCCUCAAAUUCCUCCAAUGUUCGUGGCAGAAGACUCCAACACCAGUUUUUCCCGGUCCAACAGCAUAUCGAAUAGUGAUGAUGGCAGACGAUCAUGGGUUACGGUUGAAGAGACUGCAGCAGCAAUAAGACGACAAAGCCGCGGAUCACUCAGGUGUCAGCGUGCUCUUAUCCGACGCAAGAAGAAGAUCGUUCAGGGGCGGUGUCGACCCAACGGUUCCGUCUCUUAA